AUGGCAAAUCGCGAGGAGCCUCGUCCUCCCGGGGACAGCGGCUGUGCCGCCGUCGUCUGGGAAAAGCAUCUGUUUAAAUCCAGGCUGUCUGAGAGUCUUGUCCAGCUGGCGUGUACCCAGCAUUACUGCGCUUUCCCUCUGGAGGAAAGUGAGCUGUGCGUCUGGAAUAUGGCUGGUGCUGCUCAGCCGUUACAUUUGUUAGGACACCGACACGCGAUUUCUGCGCUGUCAUUUGGAAGUAAAGGCCACCCGCUUCUCGUCUGCUCUGCCUGCUGCGAGAACGUGAUAGUGUGGAACCUGGACGAGUGCACAGCGGACCUGCUGCAAGGGUUAACACCUCGAGGAAUUGUUAUAGGAACUCUUUUGGGAAUGGUGCUUCAUGUAAGGUUUAGUCCGGAUGAUCAACAAGUGGCAGUAUGUGCUGGGAAGCGGAUUUACAUGUUAAGUGCAAAGAAUGACACUGUACUAGCUGAAUUGGAAGGCCACCUAGCUCCAGUGACUGCUGCUGAAUUUUGCACAUGGGAGAAAAAUAUGCUGAUAUCAGUUUCUGAAGACAGAAGCUUUAAGGUUUGGGACUAUUCUACUGGCCUGUUAAUACAUCAGUCAGCAGUAUUAACAGCAGCAUUUCCUUUGCUAAGUCUGCUAAUUGAUGAAGAAAAUAAACAGAUUAUCACUGGAUGUGCUGAUGGACAGCUUUGGAUUUUCAGUUUAAUCAGUGAUCAUAAUUACCGUUGUGUGACACGUAUCAACUUAAAGAAAGAACAAGAGAAAUUCUAUAAUAAAAUGGGGAAGUCUGAACAAGAAUUAGAUGAGGGGCAAAGUACUUCUGAGCUGUGUAAAACAAACAGUAUGAGAUCAGAAGAAACAGUGGAGACAACAUUACCUGUCCUCACAAUUGAACACUGUGACCAUUUAGUGUGUUUCCAUGAGGAAGAAAACUUAUUUCCUGCCCUAAAUACUAGCUAUUUUUGGAUAGGAAGCUCCACUGGUUUGUUAAUAAUUAAUUCGGCAAACUUUGAAUUAGAAGCUGUUUUAUGUUACAAAGAUUACAGUGACCUCAGAAUUCGAUUUGCUGGAUCAUGUGCCUUAACAAGGAAGACAGUUAAUGGAAAGGUCUUAUGCUUGCUCUCCUCAAUGUUUGAAGAUCUGAUUGCAGUGUUGGAAGUUAACCUUGCUGCGUUGUUGAGAUCUCAGCAGAAUGAUUUUCUCUUAUAUGGAAAUGAGAAGAUUCUAUCAGUUAUUGCCAGGUGUUCUUUGUUGCCAAAAUCUCCACUGUGUAAAGGUUUAAAAAAAAACAUUAAGGAACCUUCUAGUAAAAUAGUUGGAGUGAAAAGCACAGUGAGAGACCAACCCUUGGUUUUCCAUAGGAAAGUUAAGUCAUCAGGUUAUGCAACAGCACCACAAAUGACUAUGUUUUCUCCAGUUACUAACCUGAAGAAGAAUAAUGAAGUAACAAAGUGGAAGACCAGUUGUAAAUGCAAAAAUAAAGAAUAUCCGUUGGAAAGUUCCCCUCCAACCAAAUAUGAGAAAGAGAUGUCUGUUGCUUAUAAACCAACCCCAAUUUGUUGCAUUCAGUAUUCUGGGGAUGGAGAGCUGCUGGCUUGUGGCCUGGCUGACAAAUCUGUACUGGUAUUUGAUUCCAACCUUACUGAUACGCGAGCUGUUUUUUCAGGUCAUGAUGGCGCAGUUAACUCCGUUGGCUGGAGUCAUGACAAGAAGUGGUUAGUUUCUGCAUCAGAAGACCGAACUUUAAGGAUCUGGUCAGUCUGCAGUAAAGAACCUGCCCUACUUCUGGGUAAAGACAAGUUCCAUAAAUCUGUACGCUUUGCACAGUUUUAUUAUAUAGAUACCUUUAUAUUGCUGUGUUGUGGAGCUGAAUUUCAUCUAUUAAGUUUCUAUCUUGACACUGCGAAGGAUGACCUAAAACGAUACAAACAGAGAAGUGCUUGCAAAUUGAUACAGAAGUUUCCUAUGGCUUCCACAAUGGAAAUCACCAGCCUUUCAACAGUAAAUGAUUUCUACUCCUAUAUUGUACUUACAGCUGGUAGCAACCGAGCACUGGAAGUUUUUGACCUCAAUGCAGGCUGCAGCACAGCAGUAAUACCAGAAGUUCAUUCUAGAUCGGUCCAUCAGAUCUGCCAAAAUAAGGGGUCAGUAUUCAGUGCUCAGCAACCCGAAGCUUACAAUCUUUUCAUGACCACAGCCAUAGGUGAUGGCAUCAAACUGUGGGAUUUAAGAACACUGAGGUGUGAACGUCGUUUUGAAGGUCACAUUAGCCGCUGCCAUCCAUGUGGAAUUGCAGUGUCUCCUUGUGGGCGGUUUAUAGCCAGUGGAUCAGAUGACAAAUUUGCUUAUAUAUAUGACAUGCGUUCAAGCACCUUUUCACAUAAGUUGGGAGGGCACACAGAUUCUGUCAUCAACGUGACUUUUAGUCCUUCAUCUCCCCAGCUCACCACAGCCACCUUGGAUGGCAAACUCCAGUUGUUUCUACCCUGA